ACGUCCGGUUGUGAUACAGCCUGGAAUCAAACCAGGCUCUAGCACUGAGAAGCAGUGCCUUAGACCACUGUGCCACUCAGGAGCCCUAAGCAUUGGACUCCCGAGUUGACUAAGCAUUGAACUAAGGGCUAAUUAUCUGUGAGUUUUUUUGCAACGCAGGUACACUUGCUAGAUGUGUCAGCACCACCAUGUCAUCCAUUUAAGUCAUCCCUCCAAAGCAGGACUCACCCACAACUUCAACAACACUGUGUCAACAUACUGUGUCAGUGCCAGCCCAAGUAACAACUGGGUCAUUCAACACAUUUUUCCAGAACAUAAUAUAUGAACAUGUAAAUCAAUGUUGAUUGUUAGGCCUACAGAUAAUAAAAGACUACUGGAUUCUAUAGUAUGAAGAUGUAAGUAACUUGAUGUUUGUCUAGCCUAGUUUACUGUAGGCCAUGUAUUAUGUUUGGAACUUUCCUUCAUUAUUAUGUUUGGAACUUUCCUUCAUAAUAUACUGACCUAUUCACCUAUUUUACUUUAGCCUAUCAUAAACAUAAGCAGUUUUCACUAAAACUACACUACACAUACACCUACAUGGUCUACUGUAAAAGAAAAGGGCAACCUUCAAUUGUCCUCAAUUGUUUGCACAUCACUCAAACUUUUGAACCACUUUAGACUAGCCUACACUACACCUACUGAGAUGUAGACAGUGCCGUAUAGGCUAUACUGCCGGCAGCAGGUGGAUAACUACUUAUCAUUCUAUCAGCUGUGCCUUCUUUGAUUGGGGAAAUAAAAAUCAAAAUUGGUUAUCAAUGCAAAAAGGAUGUUGUCGUGCUGCUGUUCCAAUUCGAAGUGUUCCUGGGAACAGAUAAGUUCCCGGAGUCGCAGUGAAACCGCCAACGGCGACGUGAAUCAUUUGGUCGAGGAAGCGGACCAAAGCGAAAUUGUGGCGGACCUAACCAGGAUGGACAUUGCACUUUUGACGGAACAGUACAACUUGACUAAAGAGAAACAAAAGCGUCAGACCCUGGUGGUUUUAUUCAGACAAGUUUCAACUGAUGAUGCAGCAGAAAUCAGUGGGCAAGCCCUGGUCAAUGUAGUCCCAGUCAACCAGGAGAUGAAGAGCAAACACGAGAGGAAGAGGUCGGUCUCAGAGUCUGAGAAUGACUUUGUUGGGGACCUGGAGAGAGCCCCAUGGCGCAAACCCUUGGGCAUCCACCGACAGGCCAACGUCAUUAUAACACCACAUACAAACCCCACAAUCACGGGCAGUAAAUCAAGUUUUACUUCGCUGUCUGAAGACUUUCCUGAGACGUCCAGUGAGAAGGAGUUGGGGGAUUCUAUUUCUACCCAUCCUGUAGAGUUGAGUACCAGUAACAGCAGUUCAGGCUCCCGGAAGUUCUCAGCCCCAGCCAUUUUGUCCAGACAACUGAGUUUUGGGGGGCAGCGGCCGCCUCUUCUCUCCUCUUGCCCCCAUCACCACUACCCCUUCCCCCAAAGAAAAGGGCCCAAGAAGUCGGAAGCUGCUAGGAGACUUGGGAUGUACUCAUCAUUCUGAUCAGAUUAUAGGAGAGGGAAAGAGUCCGUUACAGUCUAUAGUGCAAUAGAGAAUGUUUUCUAUGUUUCUGCAGAAUUAAACUAAUCUUGUUGUUGCUAUAAAGGACAUUUGGUAUGCAGCCAUGCAAAUAAUAUAAUGUAAGAUGUCGUGCCUUGCCCUAUAUAGGAUCAUAUGUUAACGUUCGGGUUUCAUCCCAGCUGAGAAGGGGAUCCAUCUCCACCCAUUGAGUGAAAUACUCAAUGUCUUGAAACGUUAUUUUUCCCAGAGAGCAAACGAUUAGGCCUACAGACAAUGGUGCGAUGUUUGGUUUUUAAUUACAGCAUUCAUCCCAGGAAAAUAUUCAAGAGACCAUUUACAGACCAUUGUUAGGGUAAUAACAGGUGGAAUAAAAUAUAACUAAACAUUUAAAUGUUUUAGUUACAUUAUCCCAAUGAGUUACACCAUAACGCAGGCAUUAUUUUUAUUACUACAAACCCUUUUUAAACAGUGUGUGUUUGAGCUACAUGGGUUGUGCCAUUGGAUUUGUCUAUUUAUUCUGUAUCUGUACAUACCAACCAUUAGUCUGUGUGAUUAACGGGGGCUGAGAGUGGUGUUUGUGAGACAAGGGCAGAUCCUGAAGGGGCCCGGGUCUUUUUUACAAAAAUGUCUGUAAAGUCCGUAUGGUUUGAACUACACACUUAAAAGCCAUUAUGAAAAACUGAGACUCUCACGAACAUGCACAUGUUUUGCUCAAGAGUCAUUAGAAGGUAAAGGGGUUCUUGUACAUAGAAAAUCAAAGGAAAUCCCAUGACAUAGUGUCUGUAAUAAGCUCACAGUUUCUGUCCCAAACACCAGACUAGUUGGAUAUUCAUUUCCCAGUGAGGAAACAAUUUCUAUAGUUACAACAUUUACAUAAAUUAAUUUAGUCAGGUUUUUGCUUCGGCUGAGCUUCUUUUUUGUUUGUUGACAUUUGUCAAUUAAACUCAUGAAUACAACUGUUUAUGUCAAAUUAACUUGUGUUCUACCUGUAGCCCUGGUUGUCCUGAAAGGAAAAUGGUAAAACACUUAAUUGUGAGGUUAAAUAUAAGGGCUGGACAUGCAGAUAAAUAAAAGUCAGAUUAAUGAAAAGACUAUUUUUACUGGUGUCUCGGGACUGAUAGGGUUCAAUUAAAAACACAGGAGGUUGGUGGCACCUUAAUUGGGGAGGAAGAUCUUGUGGUAAAGGCUGGAGCGGAAUACAUGGAAUGAUAACAAAGACAUGACACACACGGGUACCAUGUGUUUGAUGCCAUGUCAUUUGCUUCUUUCCAGCCAUUCUUAUGAGCCGUCGUCCCCUCAGCAGCCUCCACUGGAAAUAAUGACAGGCUGUUGCCACUGAACAAAUAUGUGACUUGAAAAUGACUGAUUAUUCUCUGGUGUGCAUUUUAUUGUCAUACAAUAAGAUGAAUCCCAGCAAUACAGAUGGAAUGUGAAGACAUGAUGCAUUAAUUAAAUAUAGUAGCCUGUAUACAGUACUACCAAAUACAUAAUGAACAUUUUAAAAUCACAUCACAACUGUUUGUAUGAGUCAUUUUAAAAGGUAGGCCCUACCAUGAUUUUGAUGUUCUUCCCUCUAUUAGACGGUGUGUUGUCACGUGUCAGUCUCUGCACGUGUUGUAAACUCAGUGUUGUCAGCUUCAUAGUCUCAGGACCGAGCCCAUCUCCUAAUCUGACCCCAAACAUUUAGAUGAAGGUUGUGUGCACAAUUUAUUAUGCAUUGUCAUUGGAGCAUUGUUAUUGCAGAGUUGAAAAGCCUACUGAAGAUUUUAGUAUAUUGUCAAUACAAGGAUUGCAAAUCUGGGCUGAAACAAGGCACAUGAUUAGGCUACAGACAAUGGUGCACUUUUGUUUUUAAUUACAGCAUUCAUCCCAGGAAAAUAUGCAAGAGUCCACUUACAAAUUGUUAGGGUAUUAACAGGUAGAAUAAAACAUAACGAAACAUUGUAUUAGCUACAUUAACCCAAUGAGUCCCACCGUAACGCAGGCACGUUUUGGACUUCUAUCCCCUUUUAAACAUUUUGUGUUGGAGCUACAUGGGUUGUGCCGGGCACCGAAGACGUGGAUGACGAUUUAAGGCAGCCCCCCGCACCGGGUAAAAUGCAGAAGACACAUUUCAGUUGAAGGCAUUCAGUUGUACAGCUGACUAGGCAUCCCCUUUUCCCUUUGGAUUUGUCGAUUUCUUCUGUAUCUGCACAUACCAACUGCUAGUAUGUAUGAUUAACAGGGGCUGAGCUAGAGUGGUGUCUGAGAGACAAGGGCGGGUCCCGAAGGGGCAGGGUCUUUUUUACAAAGACGUCUGUAGAGUCCGUAUGGUUUGAGCUACACACUUAAAAGCCAUCUAUGAAAAACAGACUCUCACAAACAAGCACAUGUUUUGCUCAAAAGUCGUUAGAAGGGGUUCUACAUAGAAGAUCAUAGGAAAUCCCAGGACGUAAUGUCUAUAAUACUGUAAUAAGCUCAGUUUGUCACAAAUGCCAAACAGUUGUCACUGACUAGUUGGAUAUUAAUUUCCCAGUGUGCAAACGAUUUCUGUACUUACAGCAUUUAUAUACACUACCGUUCAAAAGUUUGGGGUCACUUAGAAAUGUCCUUGUUUUUUGAA